AUGGAGUUGGCUAAAAGUGAUUCUUUGGAAAUGACGGCUGCGAUCAUACCUCUGCCUGCAUACCACCAUAAUGCCAAGAAUUGGUUCUUGCAGGUGGAAUCCAUCUUUUCAAUGCUACGCAUUACUUCACAGCGAGCCAGAUUCGCGAAUGUAAUGCAGAAACUCCCAUCCGAUAUGAUGGACGAAAUUUCUGACGUCCUCUCCGAUUUGCGCGAGCAUGAACCGUACGAUCACUUAAAGGAAGCAAUCCUCAAGCGAACCGGACGUUCCGAGGAGGAUAUGAUUCAGGAGAUACUGCGGAACGUCACUAGAGGCGACAAAACGCCAUCCCAGCUUCUCAGAUAUAUGAGGAACCAGCUGGGAAAGCACAACGUAUCAGAGAAGGUUCUUCGAGGUUUAUGGCUGGAGCAUUUGCCUAAAUCUGUCGCUCAAAUCAUCGCACCAAUGACGAGAGCCACGCCUCUGGACGAUUUGGCGGAAUCUGCUGAUCUAGUUUUCGCACAGUUCGACCACAGCGUUAACGCUGUUCACGCCCCCGACAUAGCGAAGCACGAACGCUACGAGCCUAGUAAAACGGAACGGGCGUUGGCCGACCUUCAACGGCAAAUUCGGGAGCUCCAGAUCUCCCUGCGCCCGCGGACGAGGACAUCGACCCCAUCUCGACGGAGACGAACCCCCAGCCGAGAACGGCGAAAGCGACCAGGGUGUUUGUUGGUGACCAUCAGACUCAUCACCACAUCAGAACCCGAGGUCCUCCCGCACACCCAUCCGCGACGACUCGCUCCGCACAAACUGGCGUACGCCAAGGAGCAAUUCGACAAAAUGCUCAGUGAUGGCAUCAUUCGUCCUUCCGAUAGCCCUUAUGCCUCGCCACUACACUUAGUGCCUAAACCUGGUGGUGAAGAAUUUCGGAUAUGCGUCGACUACCGGAAAUUAAAUGCAUCGACCGUACCAGACCGAUAUCCUACGUUUUCAAAACCAACAUCUCCUUUCGUCGAGGAACUCCGCCACAAAAUGGCCCGGCUUAAAUAUGCAACUCCGCGACAGCAACCGGUGAAUUCGUACAUCCCUCAACACUUGAGAGAUUGCAAAUUCGUUUUCGUACGGAACGACGCCGUGAGACGACCACUCACGCCGGCAUACCAAGGUCCUUUUCAGGUUCUUCGACGCACCGACAAGCACCUUACGAUCAAGCGCGCCAACUCGACCGACACCAUCGCAAUCGAUCGGACCAAGCCUGCUUUUCUGGAGAAGCGACAGUAUGACGCAAACCCGGCUCUGCGGCCCCCUAAUGCUAUUCCAGCGCACCCAACAGACGCAGCAGACGCAGCACCGCAGACAUCAAACGACACCCCAGCGACUCCUGUGCGGCAGACACGAUCCGGUAGGAGGGUCUCUUUCCUAAAGACCUUCGUAAAUAUUAUUAUUAUUAAUUGA